ACGUUUAUUACUUAACUGUCCGACGAAGGCAGCACAGUCGUAUUCUGACAGUUUUUCCGAGGUACGAGUUCAGAUCAGCAAAUUCCCUCGUGAUUUCCCUGCCACUUUGGUACUGGCACGGAAGGAUCGUGAAGUACGCCAGAUUUUUUUUAUUAAAAAAUAUUGUUUUAAUUUAUUGGAUUUAACUCUGCAAACGGAAUAUUUACUUGAACCACGUUGUAUAGUGAAUUGAAGAUACUUUAAUUUUAAAAAAUGUCGGGGCAGCAGGAAUUGCAAAUAGAUGAGGAUUUAUCAAGCAAACUUCUACGAAAAGGAAAACAAUCUCCUUUUCUUAUGCUUGGAAUUGCAGGCUUGAUCGGUACCUGUGCCUAUGGAGCAUACAAAUUCAAGCAUAGGGGUCAGAUGUCAACAUCGAUUUUUUUAAUGCAGUUACGUGUUGCUGCACAGGGUGUGGCGAUAGGAAGUUUAACAUUAGGAAUGUUGUAUCAUAUGUAUGUAGAUUAUGUUGUCAAAGCUCCAAAAAAGGAAUAAAUCUUGUAACCACAUUAGAACUAAUUGAUGUAUAUAGAUGGAAUAACUCAGACUUGUGAUAAAUGUCGGAGCAAUUAUGCACCAGAUCUUGAAAUACAGAUUUCAAGAUGAAAAUUAUUUGGUCUUCGGAACUGGCUAGAAUAUUAACUAACACUAUAGCCUGUACCUAUAGGCAUUCAAAUUAUUUAUUACAUUAUCAUUAAGUUUGUUAUUAUCAGUCCUGUCUACGAUAAAAGCAAAAAUACUCUGUUAUGUAUUCAAGGCUGGUACCAAUGUGAUUAGUACUGCCUCUAAAAUGAUUAAAAUACUUGAUAUUAUUAAUUAGUGAAAUAGAUGUACACACUAUUUAAUAUGAAAUCAAUUUCUUUCAUAAUUCUUCUCAUGUGUAUAUCUUUAAUCAUUAGAAGAUUAAUUUCAAAAGUAUUGAAUUGCACGAUGUAUCAAAUGAUUGAGAAUCAAUAAAACCAGUAACAGGAAAAAUAAA